GCACAGUGAACGCAGCACUCUGGGAGGGUCUCUGUGAGUAUGAGCCUGGCCGCUCGCUCGCCCCCUUCAGUCUGAUUACAGCUGCUUCAAGGGAAGGGCCACAGCGGGAGGGAAACACGGAGGACUUUGGCAUUUGAGAGUACACCGUAGGCAAGAUGGCAGCCAUCAGGAAGAAAUUGGUGAUAGUUGGAGAUGGUGCGUGUGGGAAAACCUGUCUGCUCAUCGUCUUCAGUAAGGACCAGUUCCCAGAGGUCUAUGUCCCCACUGUGUUUGAGAACUACAUCGCUGACAUUGAAGUGGAUGGCAGACAGGUGGAGUUGGCGUUGUGGGAUACAGCAGGUCAGGAGGACUAUGACAGACUGAGGCCUCUGUCGUACCCCGACACAGAUGUUAUCCUCAUGUGCUUUUCCAUAGACAGCCCCGACAGUUUAGAGAACAUUCCCGAGAAAUGGACGCCUGAAGUGAAACACUUUUGUCCCAAUGUCCCGAUCAUUCUCGUGGGUAACAAGAAAGACCUUAGGAAUGAUGAACACACACGCAGGGAGCUGGCCAAGAUGAAACAGGAGCCAGUUAAGUCUGAGGAGGGCAGAGACAUGGCCAACCGCAUCAGCGCCUUUGGCUACCUGGAGUGCUCCGCCAAGACCAAGGACGGCGUGCGGGAGGUGUUUGAGAUGGCCACCAGAGCAGCGCUGCAAGUUCGCAAGAAGAAGAAGGGAAAAUGCCACAUACUGUAAAGGGAUGGAGUUUGUUGGCCAAUCAGCACCUGAGGGAGGACUCCCGCCCCCCUUUACACAUAGAGAAACCUUAAAUCAAUGGCUUCCGUGGACUAUACUUACUUCACAGAUGCAGAUAUGCCACAGAAGAAUAUGAAAGACUGACACACCUGUUUAAAAGCAAAACAAAUCAGCCUUUUUUUUCUUCUUUUUUUUUACCUUCUGCUACUCACACUGUCAGUCUGUCUGUUUGUUUCUGUCUGUUCCUCCACCAGCCUGUUUGUGUGAAGGACCUGAUCCCUUCCUCCUAUAUGAAUGUAUGUUUGUAUUUAUGUGCAUAUACUUUACAAAUAUAUCAUGCGUCUGUGUUAUGGUUGUUUACAGAAAAGGGUCUUGUCGCUCACGUGCUCACUGACUGUCUCGCUCUCGCUGCGAGUUGCAGACAGUUUUAGUUUUGCUUCAAUUAGUGUGAAACCCCUGCUCCUCUUAAACCUGCAUGUAGCGCUCCGCCCCCUUCAAGAUCCAUCCAUUUGUCAUACCACUAUUAAUUUUACACGUAAAUGUCCUAUUUCACAAAGUGCUGAGCCGGCAGAGCUCUGUUUUCCCCCAGCUUUCUCUUCUGACAUAAAGGACUAAAUUUAGAGUGUGUUCACACUGCAUUAAUCCAGUGAAACCUACAUAAACUGAAGCAGCAGUGACUAUUUGUGCGGAGAGGUUUUGGACUGCACCUUGCUCUCCCUCUCUUCCAUGGCGAUAGCUUAAACUAGCACUGGAGACAGUGGUCUAUUGUCACGGACACAAUACGCUCAGUCACGCUCACACUGGCUCUGACAGACUUGCCUCUACAAAGACGUCACCAAUGCCUUCCCCAAACAAGCCCCCUGUCUGAACUCUGUACUGCUGGUUCACAUCCAGUACACAGUGAUUUAUGCAUCACUGUGCACUGGAUUUUCUGAGGAUAGGUGCACACUGUAACCUCCAGGAUGGAUAAUGUGUGCACACUGUAUACAGCCAUAUUGAUAUUUGGACAGAUUACAGGCCUAUUCUGUGUAUAAAAGUUUUAAUAAAAUUUCCAACUGACAAAAUGA